AUGAAGCUACUCUCCGCAACUUUUCUGGCUGUCGCCCUCCUGUCGCAGCUUGCAGUAGCACAAACUUUACAAAUUACUUGCGAGCAAACAGGAUCCCUUGUAAACAAAAUGUUUUGUGCAUAUACUCAAAAAGAAACCUCCUGUGUCACAACCUGCACUGCAGAGCAAGUCAGGAACAAAGCCGUAGUAUCUUGUGUAUGUAUCUCUGCUCCAGAAAUAUCUGGUGAGGCUAACUUUGGCAGACUGCUUCCUGUUGAUCCAACCACUCCUGCGUCAGGAUCCAACAGAGACAAUAAGGAGGAGGUUUAA